UAUUCAAAUUUUUCUAGGAUUCUCUUGGAUUUAUGAGGGUUUUUUUCUCCUGUUUUUUUGAUGGCCUUGCGUGGGAACUGCCUAUGCUCGGGGAAAUGUGAGACUCUCAUUUGAAUAAUGGUUGCCUAUCUACUGUUAACUUGGUGACAUAGCACAAUGAGAACUGUUUGAGGCAAACAUAAAGCAGGGAUAUGGAGAGUAGAUGUUCUGUAGCUCAGGGUUGUCUGCUGUUGUCUGGGAGUGCUCUAAAGGUUGUUUUCUACUUUAAUGUGGUCAAUAAUUAGUCAUUAGAGUACACGGUAAAGCCGGCUGCUUUUGGUGAAAGUUGUGCAUUUGUAAUUUGAGGAAUUUGAACAGCAAAGUCCAGGUUUUCUUACAUGCGUAGUUGAGCAAGUGCCAUGAAGGGACUCGCCUUUUUCUUUCUCACUUGAGGACCUCUUUAAUCUGGUCAAACGGUGAAGAACAACCGUUUUUUGGCCCAGGGAAGAUAUUUCCAAGACAAAACCAAGAUAAUUUCCCAGCUCCAGCGUUGUCUCUGGCUGCUGUGGAGAAGAACCAGUGUGAUUCAGGAGUAGAUUGUCGUGCGACUGAGGCUCCCAGGAUGACCACCUCUGUGGUGGAUUGGCUGGUGGAGAACAAGGACAAGGUGGAGCGAGCGGUGGAGAUCGUAGGCCAGGCCUCUGAGGUCCUGGCCUCCACCGUGGGCCAGCUCCACCCCAUCCUGGAGGCCGUGUUCAUGGCCUCCGCCGAGAUCCUUGGCAACCCCGAGGGCAAGGAGGCCCGCUACCUGACGGAGCAGUUUGAGCAGGUCAACCUGAAGCUGGAGCUGCUGCAGGCCGAGCAGGAGCAGAUCGGCCGCGAGCUCCAGAGGUCCUCCAUGAACAAGCAGAGCUUCGACCGCGAGGCCCAGAUGCUCAGCCAGUACGAGAAGUUCCAGGAGUUCAUCAACGCCAAGCCCAAGUUCAAAGCCAAGAAGAAGGAGAAGUUCCUCAGCCACUUCGAGAACACCGACAGGGACCUCAACCUGGACGCCCUGUACAACGCCGUCAUAGGCGAGGACAUCACGGGGACCCCCAUGCUGGAGAACGUGGUCUCCAUCGAGGCUAGAGGUCGGCGGGCGGUGGAGGGAUUCUGCGCGAGCCUCAAGAAGCUCUUUGUUGUGGGGAUCUUUGCCGUCAUGGGCCACGCCGCCCUGAAGGAGGGCAAGAUCGACCAGGAGAUGCUGAAGAAGUGGCAGGGCCGCAUGGAGAGGGUGGAGGUCCUGAUGAAGGCGGCCGUGGACGACUGCACCCAGAACUUUGCCGAGCAGGCCAAAGCCGACACGGAGCACGAGCUCCUGGACAAGACGGGCAGCCUGAGCGGGGACUUCAUCAAGCCCAUCCUGGCGUCCCUGGUGAAGAAGUACUACUGGGUGAGCUGGUCCGUCCGCGUGCUGCGGGCCGAGGAGUGGUUCCUGUACAGCUGGGUGGUGGGCAAGAAGUUCAGCGGCUGGGCCGGAGGGGAGAACUAUUUCGAGGCGUCGACCAAGAACAAGCUCAUGGUGGAGGUGUCCUUCUGCGUGGAGCCGGCGGUCCUCGACCAGACCCACAUCCGGAAGGCCAUCGAGGGCCAGAGGAUGAAGAAAAACAUGGUGGACGUGGCCGCCACUCUGAGCGGGAACGUUCCGGACUGUCUGGUGCACGCCGUCCACCCUGGGAAGGAUGUGGUGGAGGCCAACAACUUCAAGCCCGAGUGCUACUACUUUGUCAAACACAAAAGUGCCUACAUCUGCAUUCACCCCCUGUAGCUUCACACCAGGCCCGCGGGGUCUCUCGCUGCCAAUUUGUCUUGAGAAAAGAAAAGCUUCAAAUUCAAUUAUUCAUUAUUUUUUUGUACAAUGGGUGUCUUUAUUCAAACGUCGAUGAUGUUGAAAAUUUGCCUUCUCUGGGAUAGGAGAUUUAUGUCAGUUAUUUUUUUGUAGGCCAAUCUUUGGAGUGUUAAUAUCUAGCUUUGAACACAUGCAACUCUUUGUCAAUAUGUCCUUUGCACAUAUAAACAAAAUAACGAAUGAAGGGGGAUCCAUUUCAUCUGCCAAAAUCAAGAGAUACUAUAUGACUAUCUGUGUUUUAUUUUCAUUGCAAUAAAUGUAAAACAUUGAA